AUUCCUCUUGUCGUCGUUAUUGCGACAACAAGGCAGCCAUAUCUGCAAAGAUCUUGUUUCGUCUGCUGAAAAGAGGGUAACAGCACACCACUCUGCUUAGUUUAAGGUUUUGGUUUUGUCUAUAAGAUCGUUUUAUCCUUUAGGAUGUGCCGUUUCACACUAUUUUUAAAAAAAAUGGAUUUUUAUUUGGAGUUAAUUUUCACCGCCACACAUUGAUGAUGACAGAUGAUUCACAUCAAUCGCCCCCCAAAAUCCACAUACCCCCAAAUCCUCAAUCCCAUAAAUAGCAUCCCAAAGUUGUUUUCACUUUUAUCUCGAAUGCAUCCGUUUCUCUCGAAUACCUUCCUCCGGUUACCCACCAAAUCCCUUCUCUUUUCCCAUCUUCCCAUGUCCGCCGUCGCUUCCAAACCCCGCCGCCUCCGCGGCGUCGUUUUCGACAUGGAUGGCACCCUCACGAUCCCUGUCAUCGACUUCGCCGCUAUGUACAAGGCCGUCCUCGGAGACGACGAGUACAAGAGAAUCAAAGCUGAAAACCCUUCUGGGAUUGAUAUCUUGCACCACAUUGAGAAAUUGAGUACCGAUAAGCAGCGAGAAGCUUAUCAGAUUAUUGCUGACUUUGAAAAACAGGGCCUUGAUCGCCUCCAAAUCAUGCCCGGUGCGGCUGAACUUUGUGGUUUUCUUGAUGCAAAGAAAAUAAGAAGGGGACUAAUCACUCGCAAUGUCAAUGAAGCAGUUGAUCUGUUUCAUCAACGGUUCGGGAUGAUGUUUUCUCCGGCACUCAGCCGGGAGUUUCGCCCUUAUAAACCAAAUCCUGCUCCUUUGUUGCAUAUCUGUUCGACUUGGGACAUUCAACCAAAUGAAGUCAUGAUGGUCGGUGAUAGUCUUAAAGAUGAUGUGGCUUGUGGGAAACAAGCAGGGGCAGUAACAUGUUUGCUUGAUGAAAAGGGCAGGUAUAGCUCUCAAGACUUUGCCAACUUGGAUCUGAAACCAGAUUUCAAGGUCUCGUCCCUGAAUGAAGUUCAGUCUCUUUUGAAAUCUAAUUUUGACUUAACACCCUGAGUUCAAAAUCCAGAUUCAACCGCCGGUAAAGGUCCUACUUUUGAUAACUUAUAGCUUAGGAACACAUGAAAAGUGAGAACAGUAGGUAAUUAAGGAACUAAACUUUGGCAUAAUAUGCUGCUUCGUUUAUCCGAGGACAACGAAGAGAUGUUUUGUGCUUUGAGUUGACACUUGGAAACUAUAGCAGCAUAACCAUGGAGGCAACAUUCAGUUGUUCAUGGUGGUGUGUAUUUUAUUCUUGGUACAUUUGUUAUUCAUGUAGGCGUUCAACUGUAAAGAAAAUAUUAGGCCGAAUUAUGCCUUUUCCGUUGGUGAAUCCAAUUAUGUUGAAGAAUUAUUAU